CGGGGCGGGGGGGUGUUCCUUCCUCUCCGGCCCGUAGAGCGGGGCGAGCGGCAGGGCCCGGCCGUCAGCGGAGUCGCCGCCGCCGGCGGUACCGGCGCCAUGUUCCGCCGCAAGCUCUCGGCACUCGACUACCACAACCCGGCCGGCUUCAAUUGCAGGGAUGAAACAGAAUUCAGAAAUUUUAUUGUCUGGCUCGAAGACCAGAAAAUCAGACAUUACAAGAUUGAAGACCGAGGGAAUUUAAGAAACAUACACAGCGAUGACUGGCCCAAAUCGUUUGAAAAGUAUAUGAAAGAUGUAAACUGUCCUUUCAAAAUACAAGAACGACAAGAAACAGUGGACUGGCUUCUCGGCUUAGCGGUUAGGCUCGAGUACGGAGAUAAUGCUGAUAAGUAUAAGGAUUCUACCCCGGAUGGUGCUAAAAACACUGACAAUACAGCAAAAAAUGCAGAACCGCUGAUUAACUUGGAUGUGAAUAAUCCUGAUUUUAAGGCUGGAGUGAUGGCUUUAGCUAAUCUGCUUCAAAUUCAGCGACAUGAUGAUUACUUGGUAAUGCUUAAGGCAAUUCGCAUUUUGGUUCAAGAGCGCUUGACACAGGACGCCAUAGCGAAGGCCAGUCAGUCCAAGGAGGGUUUGCCUGUUGCUUUAGAAAAGCACAUUCUUGGUUUUGACACCGGAGAUGCUGUUCUCAAUGAAGCUGCCCAAAUUCUCCGACUGCUGCAUAUAGAGGAGCUCCGAGAGCUGCAAACAAAAAUUAACGAAGCAAUUGUAGCAGUUCAGGCGAUUAUUGCUGAUCCCAAGACGGACCACAGACUGGGGAAAGUUGGGAGAUGAACAGAUAAAGGCUUUUAGUCUCUUGUGUACUUAGUACAAUUAGGAACUACGUACAACUCUGUACAACUCUGGCAUGCAGUUUGAAAUGGUAUUACUUUACUGUUUUGAAAGAAAGCAGGAAAUUGAAUUCUGACUUCUAAUGAGUUACCAUUUUUCUUUAAAUAAAUGAAGUUGGGGAAAAUAGACAAAUUGUUCUGAUUAACUCUGAGUUGGCAAAUACGUCUUUUUCAUUGUGUUUGGCUUUGUGUUGAGAAGGGAGUGUUACAUAAAGGCUCUGCAGAUUCCUCUUUUGCUGAGGUCCUGCCAUAUGAACAGCUCGCUCCUGGCUUGCUUGCUGCUUCUCCACAGUCUACCCUGCAACUGAAAUAUUUACAUCCAAAGGGAAACUUAUAACAACCAUUUUAUUCAAUUAUUGAAGUAACCUAGAAAAAGUGAAGCAUUACAACAUAAAUGGUAUUUCUGAACAUGUAUUGGUCUACAUUGGGUAGGUCUAUGAAGGCACUUAGAAGAACCAACAAGCAUGAACAGAUCAAUUCUAGCAUAUUCUUCUAAUAUAAAUACUAAAAGACAUGCAUUGAGGCAGUGGUGAAAAUACAGAAUUCUCUCCUGGAAAAACUUCAAUGCCUUUGCCAUAUCAUGUAACUGUUCUGCACACUUUUGGAGCACACAGUGUCUCUGUCUUCAGGGCUGUAGAUUACUUAGACCCAGCAAGAUACUG